UAAAUCUUGAUUAAGGUUAGUUGCGUAACGUCUCUCCAAAGUUUCGCUAAACCCCAAACCCACCCCGUGAAUGUACGAAAAGAAACUCAGUGCCCCCAAAUCCCACACCAACUCACACACUCUCUCUCUCCUCACCUCCAAUCACACUGUCUCUCUCUAACUUCCUUGCCGGAGAACCCGAACUUCUUUUUCCUCAGAUUUAUAUAUCUAGGCCAGCUUGGUUUCAAUAGAGCAAUUAUAACUUGGUAGAUAAUGAUCUUGCUAAAAAUGUGGUAUCCCCAUUAUGUUUUCUUGAGCUGGGGCGAGGCUUGCUGAUCUUACUUGCAGCUUCAUAUCAAAAUGGCUUCUGAAAAUUUCACAAUGUGAUAGCUGAAUUGUGUGCAUGCGGUCUUGAUUGUGAUGAUGGUGGCUGUCGUUCAUGGAGCAGCCUCAGCAGCUGACCGACAAAACCCCAAAACCGCGCAAGAGGAACAUUCUAGAAGACCGCCAUUGUUGCCGUCGGAGAAAGAUAACAGUAAUGGAGUUGCAAAUAAUCAAAGAAAGCCAAAAUCAAGAAUUGUUUCAUCUAGGUACAUGUCCCCUUCUUCUUCGACUUCUACAUCAAAUUCAUCCUCGGUUUCCUCGUCUUCUUCCUCUUCCAGAAGGUAUCCUUCCCCUUUAAUUUCAAGAAAUUCGACGCCGGUGUCGAACGGCCCUUCUUCAGGCCCCAAGAGGUCUGUUUCCGCCGACCGCCGGCGGACGGCGGCGGCCAGACCUCUAAUAUCCGAUCUCGAUUCAAAGAAUGGAAAUGCUGCUGAAGUGUCAGCUGCCGCGAAGCUUCUCGUGACUUCUACCCGGAGUUUGUCGGUCUCUUUUCAAGGAGAAGCCUUUUCGCUUCCCAUUAGUAAGACUAAGGCGGCGCCGCCGUCACCUAAUGUGAGGAAAGGGACGCCGGAGAGGAGGAGGGGUAGCACCCCAUUGAGAGGGGGAGGAGAUCAGGUGGAGAAUUCUAAGCCUUCUUCUGAUCACAACCGUUGGCCUGCCAGGAAUCGGGUGGUUAAUCCGUUGUCACGGAGUUUGGAUUGCCGUGGCAGCGGCGGUGACCGGAGUAAGGUGAUGGGAUCUGCGAAUGGAAUCCGAACUCUGCAGCAAUUGAUGAAUGAUGAGAGGAGGCCUUCUCUUGAUGGAAGGCUGAGUCUUGAUUUGGGGAAUUCUGACCUAAUAAAGGCAGCUCCUGAUGGAAAUUCAAUUAAUAAUGAACUCUCAUUGCCUUGUGAUCUCACUGCAUCUGAUUCAGACAGUGUGUCCUCGGACAGUACUUCGGGAGUUCAAGAAUUUGGUGGGUCUGCCAAUGGCCGAAAUGGGCCACGGGGGAUUGCUGUUUCGGCUAGGUUUUGGCAGGAAACUAAUAGCCGGUUGAGGAGGCUGCAGGAUCCAGGUUCACCUCUAUCAAUGAGUCCUACCUCUAAACUGAUGGUGCCACCAAAUUUGAAAAGGAGCUCGAGUGAUGGUCAUGGUCUGUUUAUGUCAUCCCCACGCACAAUGUCGUCCCCUGCUCGUAAUGGUAUUAGACCUGCCUCGCCUAGCAAGCUCAUGACGCCUGUUGGAUCAUCUCCAUCACGGGGCCAUAGUCCAUCUCGGAUAAAAAAUGCUGUUAGCACCAUUAAUAACAAUUUCACUGAGACACCUUCAGUCCUUAGUUUUGCUGUAGAUGUUCGGAGGGGUAAAGUUGGGGAGAAUCGGAUUUUUGAUGCACACUUAGUGAGACUCUUGUACAACCGGAACCUGCAGUGGCGCUUUGUGAAUGCAAGAACUGAGGCAGUUAUGUUGGUGCAGAAACACAGUGCAGAGAAAAAUCUGUGGAACGCCUGGAUAGCAAUCUCCGAUCUACGUGAUACUGUCACCAAAAAAAGCCAUAGAUUGCAGUUGCUGAGGCAAAAAUUAAGACUAGCUUCUAUUCUUAAAGGACAAAUGACCUUGUUAGAAGAUUGGGCUUCUUUGGAAAAAGACCACUCAGUUUCUCUGCUUGGAGCUAUCGAAGCCUUAAGGGCUAGCACUCUUCGUCUUCCAGUCGUUGGAGGAGCUAUUGCCAAUGUUCUAGGGUUGAAGGAUGCUAUAGGUUCGGCUGUUGACGUUAUGCACGGAAUGGCAUCAUCAAUAUGUUCACUUCUGCCAGUGGUUGAGGAAGCAAACACUUUGGUGACAGAACUUGCACAAGUGACUGCCAAAGAGCGAGCUCUACUCGAACAAUGCACAGAUUUCAUUUCCUUGUUAGCAGCCAUACAGGUGCGUGAUACUAGUUUGAGAACGCAUGUAAUACAACAUAACUGUGUACGAUGAGCUUAACAAGAGAGGUAGUAGAACUGAUUGCAGCAGCCACUCAACAAUAUUAAACUCUAACACCAUACAGAACCCUGAGACCUCAUGGAGGCAGCGGCGAUUAUGUAAUAAGAAACGGAGCAAGUUGGGCAUUUUUUGUGCAGUGCAUCCUGACCUCCAGGUAUCCAAUAUUACAGGAAAUGGUCAGCUCUACACACGCCUUUCUUCUCCACAUUUUCGGGGAAGGGAAGUAUGUAUAUAUGUAAUAUUCUUGCUCUGUUUCUUGUUAAUCUUAGAUCUGUCUGAAUAUGCUCUUAUACAUGAAGGGAAUUGCAGCAUUAUGAAAUUUCAGUUGCCUUGAUUCUUUCCUCCUUCCUUUCCAUUUGAUUCGGGAAGAAGGAGGAAGUCGAAUCACAAGUUUUGGGGUGCUGACUUACAUGUUUUGUUU